GACCAAGGUAAAGUUGUGUCUUUAUCUAGAUGUGGACUUGUAUAAAGUCCUCUCCCUGCUGCCCAGGUGACUGAUUCGACAGCUGGAAGAGACAGUGAGUUGUGAGACCUGUUAGUAAAGGAGAGAGGGACAUUGUUGAUGAUGAUGCUGGGUCUGGGGUCUGUUGGAUUGGUUCUGUUAUCUCUGGCUGUCCAGAGUGGACAUGGAGCCCAGGACAGGUGAGUCUGGGAGGGAUACUGUAACUGUAUAACGGUUAGUCUCCUAUGAAGGAUGACUUAACCAGUCAGACUAACAGGAAUUUGAUAAAAGAUUCAUACAUCGGUAGCUGAUUUAUAACCAUUUUAUUACCGCCAAACAAAUAUGUAUUCUUUCAAUGUGCAUAUGUGUGUCAAUUUACAGUGAUGUCUGGAGUACAGAGGAGACAACUGAGAGGAAUUACUACACCAGGUACCACAAUAUGUCGGAUGUGAGUGAGAAUACACACACACACACACACACACACACAAGACUACAAAGAAUGACUGAGUCCUCACUGCAUAGAGACACUGUCUGGUACCUCUCCCUAUAGAUUACAGCAUGGAUGGAACAGAUGAAGAGGGAGAACCCAGAUGUUGUGUCCUCCAUGGUCUACGGUCAAACCUAUGAGAGGAGGGACAUCACCUUACUGAAGGUUAUUCACCGAGCGAAAAGAGAGCAAGGAAGCGAAGAGAAGAGCAGCGAGCGAGCGAGAGCCGAGCAGAAGAGAGAGAGAGAGAGGAGAGAUACAGAGAGGAGGAGAGAGAGCUCGGAGAGAGAAAGCAGAGACGAGAGAGCGAGAGAGAGAUGAGAGAGAGAGAGAGAGAGAGAUGAGAGAAGAGAGAAGCAGCAAAGCUAGUCGAGAUAGAAAUAGAAUAGGACUAGAUAUGCUACUCUCUACAUCUCUAUCUCUAGAAUAAUCAUAUUCUCUCUCCUAUUCUACGCUCUCUCCUCUCUCUCUCUCUUAGCUCAUCUUCUCCUUCUCUCUCUCUCUCUCUCGCUCUCUCUCCUCUGCUACUUCCAUUCACGUCUCAGAUUCUGAUAGCCAGAGGUGGCACAUACCUGACCCUCUCUUGCUCGGGUCUCUGUCCUAAUUACUGUACGAUGUUCAGUGCACUGAUCUCUAGGACUAACCAGUGGGAUGAUGGCUCUACCCUCGUCUAUGACUAAAAGCUAGCUAUCUUAUUUCAUUGUUGUGUGUGCAGAUGUUUGGAAGUCUACUGGAGGAAAGGUUGGAUGACAUGGAUCACCAGAAAACCCUCUUCUGAUAUGAUAAAGAGUCUUAGUCGUAUAUUCUGUGUGUGUGUGUGUCCAUUACAGUGAAAAUAUCCUUGUUUUUGUCAGUACUAUGUCAAGGGGUGUGAGUACCAAUCAUGAAAACCUCCUCCUUGAUUUCCACCUAUAGAUCUUGAGAACGUACAAAACCGACACCAAGGUGAAUGAGAUGAUGAAAAAUCUGGAUUUCUACAUCACACCAGUCCUAAAUGUUGACGGCUACAUCUACUCUUGGCAUAAUGCAAGUGUAAGUAUUGAUUAAUGCUACUUCAGACCCAUUUUGAUACAUUCUGGAAACUACGGGAAAUCUUAGACGUGGCUUUAAUUCAAACAUAUCUACCUCACAGUUAGUGUACAUACAGCGCAUAGUUCACAACGUCCAAGACAUCAUCUCACCCACCAGCCAGCUGUCUCUGGAGCAACUGAGCAUGGGGAAGAGGUUUACCAGACAUGACAAUAUGCUAAACUAGAUUAACAUGUAACAGCAGCGCCAUCUAUUGGCUUGGAUUACAUAUUGUAACAUAAAUAUUAUUGAUGACAGUAUUAUCAUUCCAGUUAGUGACUAGUGGUUCUUAUCUCUGUAGACUCGACUGUGGAGGAAGUCCAGAUCUCCAGGAACAGGAGGCUGUACCUGCUAUGGAACAGAUCUCAAUCGCAACUUCUACGCCAACUGGGGUAGUGAGUAUGGUUCUUACUCUAAACAACUCACACACACCAGGGUUGGGGUCAAUUCCAUUGAAUUCAGAUAGUACACUGAAAUUCCAAUUCCCUUCAAUGCUUUUCAAUGAGGAACAUUUCGAAUUGGUAUUUGGUUUACUUUCUGAAUUGACUGGAACUGAGAUGGAAUUGACCUCAACCCUGACACACACACACCCUAACUGUGUUUUCCUCUCCUGUCUGUGUAGUGGUUGGUGUCUCAACAGAUUGCUGCUCUCAGACCUACUGUGGCACCAAGGCUAUCUCUGAGUCGGAGGCCCGGGCCGUCACAGACAUGUUGGGGAAGAUGAGGGAAGACAUCCUGGCUUUCCUCACCAUCCACUCCUAUGGCCAGCUGCUCCUGGUCCCCUACGGACAUCCCAACAUCUCAGCACCAAACUACGAUGAGCUGGUACGCCUGAUCCACACACAAGUUGUGGCAUGUUGUAGUAGACCAGUGUUUUUCAACUCUGCUUUUGGAGACCAACAGCGGUGCAUUGUCUCUGACCCUAACAACGUAUGUCUCUGUGUUGCCAGAUGGAGGUGGGUCUGGGAGCAGCCAAGGCUAUAAAGGCUGUCCAUGGGAUGGACUAUACUGUAGGCACCUCACCUGAUGUGCUGUGUAAGUAGUGAGGCUGAGGGAAUAUUCGGACUUCUAAAUGGCUAUAGUUACAUGAAUAUCCUGUGCACUGUUUACAAUUCAACAAAUCUUUUCUUUCGCAACGGAGAGGCCGUCUUACUGUGUUUUUCUAUUAUUACAACCACUGGCCUAUAUUCUCUCUCCAGAUGCAAACUCGGGAUCGUCUCGUGACUUCGCCAGGCUGAUCGGCAUCCCGUUGUCUUUCACCUUUGAGCUGAGGGACAAGGGCGAGCACGGCUUCGAGCUCCCAGAGGACCAGAUCCAGCCCACCUGUGAGGAGGCCUACGCCGGAGCACACCACAUCAUCACCUACGCACACGACAAGGCCUUCUACAGCUCUGCUGCCACCAUCACGGCAACACUGUGGACCACACUGCUGGCAGCCUGGGUCUCUAGCGCCACCCUGCUGUAAACUGGGAGAACUGCAGGAGUCAGGCUAGGAGAUGGUGGCAGUUUAUCAGUAUAUUCAGAAAUGAGACUUUGGACAAAAGUGAUAAGCUGCCAGAUAGACUAUAUUAAUAUGUUCACUCACUUAUUUUAUCAACUGUGUUUGGUUAUUUAUUUCUCUAAAAUUCUGCUGUAAAAAAUGUUAAACAAUCGUUAAUAGUGACAAAACACAAACACGUUUGUACAGUAGUAUAUUUUGAAUGAACAUUUCAGUGAUAUAAAUAUACUCAACUGCUAUGAAUUGUUGUCGUAACAUCCUGCUUCUGUUAUUGAGCCCCAGGAGUUCAGUGAAGGUACAGUUCAACAUUAGAUCAAUCUCUGCUCCGGGUGAAAGAUUUUACGGUUACCGAACUGUUUAACUUGAUUAGAUCCAGCAGCACCAUUGUGUCCAGUUGCUCUAACCUCUGUCAAGUUUCACGUUUUUAUUGUAACGUGCACACGUACAGUGAAAUGGCUUUCCUGCUUGCUCUUUCCCAACAAUGCAGUAAUCAAUAUCAGUAGUACAAUUUUUUUAUUUUAUCCAAAAGUUAAGUAGAA